AUGUCAUUCUUUGGUCGUUCACCUCUACAGCUGGAGCGCACGGUGGCCAAACUGCGUCGCGUUCUCGAACGUGUUCAAGCCGAAAACGAACGCCUCAAAUGUGCCCCUGGGCCGGUCUCGGUAGCCACCAUGGAAGCCAUUCAACAAGAAAACCGGAAGCUAACACGCGAUCUAUCAGAAGCUAAGCGAGUCGCUGGUGCUGGAUUGGCAGAGCGGCGAUUAGCUGCCGAUCAGAAUGUAGCCAAGCUAUCGCAAGAGUACGACCGUUUGAGGAUCGCGUACGAACAGGUAGAAUGA